AUGUCGUACUAUUCCCCUCGGGAACAACAAAAAGCUUUGAGAUUAAAGGCUGCGAUGCUUUGUGUCAACUCAAGGCUGGCCAAAAUGUGUCUAUCACUGUUGAUUUUCAAACUGGUUAACCUUGAUGAUCCGGUGCCCACGUACUCAGCACAAGUAAGCUGGGAUCCCGAGCCAGGGACUACAAAAUACGAUGUCCUGAACUCAUACUCCAACGCCUGUCCCGACACUCCCUGUCCUAUCCAUUCAGGUGUGGCCCAGAAGUUGACGUUCAACACAGCGCUGCAUAAGAGUCAGUACGUGUCGACCGUUAAGAACGCGACACUCACUCUAUGGGUUGACGGCAACGGCGAUGUGCUCUGCAGUGAAGUGUCGGUCGAUAUUAUUAUAAUAUAA